AUCUCGGUGCGCGGCCGUGUCACCGGGCCGCCCAGGAGAACUUCCGAAAGCAGAAAUCCAGGCAAAAGUUGAAGUGCUGCGGGGUCCUGGCAUUUUCUUUCCCUGGCUGGCUGUGUGAGUGAGAAACUCGCUGUAGGAGUUCCUUUACCACUUGCAUCAUUGAUGCAAACGGCCAGUGUUGGUUCUGCAGAAUGAAGCGCUUUACCCACAGCGGCGCCCCUACACGAGUGAGGACGAGGCCUGGAAGUCCUUCCUGGAAAACCCCCUCACCGCGGCCACCAAGGCGAUGAUGAGCAUCAACGGGGACGAGGACAGCGCGGCCGCGCUGGGCCUGCUCUAUGACUACUACAAGGUCCCCAGAGAGAGGAGGUCGUCAACAGCAAAGGCCGACCUGGAGCACCCGGAGGCGGACCCCAGCAAAAGAAACAGCAUACCGCAGGUCGCCGAGCAGCCCCUCGUCCCCGCUGGCGACAACAGGGUGCAGGUGCUGAAAAACAUGCCGUUCAACAUCGUCCUUCCCCACGGCAACCAGCUGGGGGUUGAUAAGAGAGGCCACCUAACAGUCCCUGAUACGACAGUCACCGUCUCCAUAGCGACGAUGCCUACCCACUCCAUCAAAACAGAAACGCAGUCCCACGGCUUUGCCGUGGGGAUCCCCCCGGCCGUGUACCACCCAGAGCCCGCCGAUCGCGUGCUGGUGUUUGACCGCAACCUGGCCACCGACCACUUCGGCUCUGGCGCUCAACCCCCAAACUCGCAGAGGCGAACUCCGGACUCCACCUUCUCGGAGACCUUCAAGGACGGCGUGCAGGAGGUUUUCUUCCCCUCGGACCUCAGUCUGCGGAUGCCUGGCAUGAAUUCAGAGGACUAUGUUUUUGACAAUGUUGCUGGGAACAACUUCGAAUAUACGCUGGAAGCCUCCAAGUCACUUCGCCAGAAGCCGGGAGACAGCACAAUGACAUACCUGAACAAAGGGCAGUUCUACCCGGUCACCCUGAAGGAAGUGAGCAGCAGCGAGGGGGUCCACCACCCCAUCAACAAAGUGCGGAGCGUGAUCAUGGUGGUGUUUGCGGAAGACAAGAGCAGGGAGGACCAGCUGAGGCACUGGAAGUACUGGCACUCUCGGCAGCACACGGCCAAACAAAGAUGCAUUGACAUCGCUGACUAUAAAGAAAGCUUCAACACCAUCAGUAACAUCGAGGAGAUCGCUUACAAUGCCAUUUCCUUCACUUGGGACAUUAACGAUGAAGCAAAGGUGUUCAUCUCCGUGAACUGCCUGAGCACAGACUUCUCCUCUCAGAAGGGCGUGAAGGGGCUGCCUCUCAACAUUCAGAUCGACACCUACAGUUACAACAACCGGAGCAACAAGCCCGUGCACCGGGCCUACUGCCAGAUCAAGGUCUUCUGUGACAAGGGAGCCGAACGGAAAAUCAGGGAUGAAGAGCGAAAACAGAGCAAAAGGAAAGGCAAGUGCACUGACCCCAGCUCCCAGUUGAACGCCUUCGCUGACGUCAAAGUGCCGCUGCUGCCCUCUCACAAGCGAAUGGACGUCACGGUCUUCAAGCCCUCUGUCGACCUGGACACCCAGCCUGUCCUCUUCAUUCCCGACGUGCACUUCGCCAACCUUCAGCGGGGGCCGCACGUCCUUCCCAUUGCCUCAGAAGAACUCGAGGGCGAAGGAUCAGGCUUGAAAAGGGGGCCCUUCGGGUCCGAAGAUGACUUUGUGAUCCCGACUCCCGCGAAGCUGGCCCGGACGGAGGAACCGAAGAGAGUGCUGCUGUACGUGCGGAAGGAGUCCGAGGAGGUCUUUGACGCCCUGAUGCUCAGGAGUCCGUCCCUGAAGGGCUUGGUGGAAGCUAUCUCCGACAAAUACGAGGUUCCCCAUGACAAGAUUGGGAAAAUAUUCAAGAAGUGUAAGAAAGGGAUCCUGGUCAACAUGGACGACAACAUCGUGAAGCAUUACUCCAACGAGGACACCUUCCAGCUGCAGGUGGAGGAGGUGGGCGGAUCCUACCGACUCACCCUCACGGAGAUCUGAGGCCGUCCCGGCCCCCGGGUACCCACAAGCUCAGCGAAGGUGCCACGUAGGUCCUGUUGUUUGCGCAGCCGUCGGGAUGCUGGUUAGCCACCUUCCCGGUACGCAGGUGCCACGGGCGCCGGUGGAAGGGUGUCCUUUCCACUGGGAGCCACGCCGGGCGCGGAGAUGGUGUUGAUCACGCUGCCCCGGCGGCUUGCAGACGACAGACCUCCACAGACUGUUACUACAUUUGAGUUUUCCGAUACAGCUGCUUAGGGUUAAAAGUGAAAACCUUGUUCCAACAUUUAACAGACUCUCUGGGAACCUGUAGGAUAUCUGCUGUUAUUUAUAAAACUAUUUUUUUAUCACAGGUUACAUUCAAUAUUAUUUUGUAUUGGUUUCAGGUGAAUAGCACAGUGGUCAGGCUGAGAAUAGGGGGCCACUCCCCCCUCCCGUGGUGGUGGGCCUGCGGGCCAGCGCCGGUCGGAAAGGGCGGUGGGCGUGGCUCUCACUCAGUGUGACCACCUGCCUCAGGUCAGUGGGAGUGGCCCCAAGAAGACAGGGUCCACCCUUUCUCCCUUAGCCUCCAUCACCACCCAAGUGUUUACUCAAAGACGGCAUGUUACUGAGUCUUCUUUUGCUACUGCUGCCUUAUGAAGAAUGUCAGUGGGUCACAGUGUGAAUUAGCUAAGCUGACGCUCGAGUGUACAUAAGUGCAAUACAUUUUGAAGGCCGGUGUCUGUAAAUGUGUACAUACACAUCCUCUACAUAGGUAAUAUAUGAGCACGGUGUCCGUGCACACAGUGAAGGGCCGCGGUGAGGACCACCUGGAGCCGUCGCCCAGGCGGAAGGUCAUUUUUGGCGGUGUGCCCCCAAGGCAGACCGAAACCCACCAGGUCACCUCCCUGCGGCAGCCGCCCUUCCGUCGCCUCACCACACCUUCCCCGGCGGCCGGGGGUUUGCUUUUGUGGGUGUCGCUUCUGGAUUUCUGCACUAACAAAUGAAGUAAAGGGAACACUGCUGCAAGGCGCGUGUGCCGUGUGUGCGGACACAGGGACACGGGCAAGUUACACACACCCGACGCAGCCCACAGCCACCGCACUGCAGGGGCGCGGCCCGCGGGGUCCCCGGCCGUCCCGCUGUGUGUCGGGGCCUCCACACCUUAACCGUCUGGUGUGCGGCACCUGCAGGAGGCGUGUGCGGGUUCGCGAGACUGGGCGCCAUGGCGGGGGGCCUUCUGUGCACGUGUUCCCACAGGUGACAUGCCAAAAAGCGCAGUCUUCUGACAUAAAUCACGGGUAUCUCAGGGUCAGGGUGCUGGUUUGGGAGAGUGGGGUUUGUAGCUACAGUCUGACGUUAGAAUAUUCUGAUGAAGUGUGUGAACUAAAUCGCUGGCUUUCUAAGAUGUGGGACACGGGUCAUAUAACAGCAUUUUCUAUUUUGUUUUAUGAGAUUGAUUUUGUUACUGUUUUUAACUGCAUCCUUGAAGAUGUAUUUUAAA